GCUGCGCCGGGUCAAGAGGGAGCAGCUGAAACGGGAGGGGGUUCCUGGCAUCACUGAUAGCCUUGUGAACCAGAACAUUAGGAAGAGUGAGUUGGUGCUCUACUGCAGAAGGAGGACAAGAGGAGAGAAGGAGACCAUCUCAAUGAUUGACCUCCUUUUGCAAGAGCUUAUGGGGGAGAAGGGCAGUGACUUCCUUGGUGUGCCACUCCUGGACAGGGAUAGGAUGGCGAACAUCUGGGAACAGCAGAGGAAGCAUGUAAAAUGCAUCCAGGAUGAGCCAGGUGUUCCUCUCUACACAGAGACAGGAUCAUCCACCAAGGAGGGCAUCGUCCUCACCACCUACAGGUGUGCCAGGGGCUCAACAUCACUGGAGUCCUUCCACUGCCACCUGGCCAGGUUCAUUCCAGGAACCAGUGCCAACAGUUUGAAUUUUCAGCUGUACCUCCUGGAAGGCCUGAACAGGUGGAACCAGGACCGUGGUGCUGCGGCACUGGCUGUCAAACCUCCCUCACUCCUCACCUACUCAGGGGACCUUGUGCACUGUGUCAACACCUUCAGUGUCAAGGUGCUUGGAAGGAAACUUGCCCCCUCCUUCCAACCCCCUGCAGUGUAUACUGGAGAGCUGAUAGGUAUUGACUACCUGUACCGCCAGACAGGAAGGGCAAUGCAGAAUGUUGACCCUGAAACAGAGGAGACGGAGCAACUGUUGGAGGAUGUGGCUGUUGAGGAGCCAGAGGAUGAGGGUUUUGAUGAUGGCGGACAUGACCCCACAUUUGACAUUAUUCUGGGUAAAACCCUCAGCCAGUCUGGCCCCACAGCUCCCACCACCAGCAUUACCUCUGCCCCUCCUGCUCUAACCACCAGCAUGCCCUCUGGCCACCCAGCUCCCACCACCAGCAUGACCUCUGGCUACCCAGCUCCCACCACCAGCAUGACCUCUGGCUACCCAGCUCCCACCACCAGCAUGACCUCUGGCCACCCAGCUCCCACCACCAGCAUGACCUCUGGCCACCCAGCUCCAACCACCACCAUGCCCUCUGCCCUCCUGCCCCCAUCACCAGCAUGCACUCUAGCCCCACAGAUCCCACCACCACCAUGCCCUCUGCCCCCCAGCUCCCACUGUAUCUGAGCAACUGUUGGCUGUUGAUGAGCAUAACAUGCCAGGGAUGGACAGGGUGGACAGCCUGGCAGAGUACCUGGUUGGGCUGAGAAAUGAGACGUCUCUCACUCU